AUGAAAGGUGCCCUCCGGGCCUCUCUUGUGGACAAUAGCUGGGUGGACAGGUUGCCGUGGGUUUUGUUGGGUUUACGCUCCGCCCCCAAGGAGGAUCUGCGCUCCUCCUCUGCUGAGUUGGUGCUGGGACAGACGCUGACGGUCCCGGGGGAGUUUCUGCAUUCCGCCCCUGGCCUGGUUCCGAGGGUGCCGGCGCUGCCUUUUUCCCCGGCAGGAGCUUUCAGGCCGGUUGCGGCGCACCACUGUAUCCCUCAGUCCCAUGUUCCUAAGGACCUUAUGUCUGCCAGAUACGUUUUUGUACGUCAUGACGCACACUGUUCUCCCUUGCGGGCGCCUUACGAUGGCCCGUUCCGGGUGCUGGAGACAGGGGACAAGUAUUUUGUGGUGGAGGUCGGGGCUGGCCGAGAUCGGGUCACGGUGGACCGCUUGAAGCCUGCUCAUGUGCUCCGGGACAAGGAUGUGGAGUUGGGCCGCCCUGCUCGGCGAGGCCGCCCGCCUAAUCCUGCCCCGGGGGUGGGGCCCCUGCCUGUCCCUGCCCGGAUGGCUACACCGGUUAAGCGGAGUCGGGGGGGUAGAGUGGUCCGGCGGCCUGUUAGAUUUUCUUAG